AUGUGGCCAGAAAGUCUUGUAGCUGGUCAGUUAGAGGAACCCCAAGACGAAUACGGAGAAUUGUCCUUACAACACCUGGACUUUCACUUCGGAAACUGGGUGUUUGAUGCUUUCACUGCCGAUGAGACGGGCACCAAGGAACAUGAUCUCAUGCCGCCCCUGGUAAUGAUUGACUUUGAUUAUGUUAAGGCUGCAACGAAGGAAGCUACCGAUCAGGCCCGCGAUCAAAGUCUGACAAGCAUGCUUAGGCUGACAAGAGAGAAUCUGAGAGAUCUCGCAAUGAUUAACAGAAAGAACUCAGAGGGGCUACCCGAAGAAGACCCAGAGAAGAAUCCAAAGAUCGACGUGGACCUGAGAACCAUCUUAACGAUAACUUAUCAUGUACCCAACCCGAUAUUGAGACUGAGGCGCUGGAUGGGCAUGGCUUUGAACGCCAUCAGAGACCGAGAUGGGGAAUAUUACGCUACCAAGCUGGAAAUUACAGAUGGCACCGAGGGAGACGACGCGAUAAGACAACUGGUACGGCGACUUAUAUUAGAGCCAAAUGAAGAGAAACAGAUGACAUAG